CCAACCGAUCUCCACUUCAGCCAUUUGUUUUGUUCGUCGCGCACUCACCUCGCCCCCCAGGAGCAAUCGCCGGUUCGGUGCCCGCCGGCGCCCCCAUCCAGCAGCACGAACUUCCCUGGUAUCAUGUCUGACGCUGGUAGCUGCGAGGGAGCGCCAGAGGGUAUGGACAGGCGAGAGCAACCACUUGAAGAACAGGCACCUCCAGCCCCCUCAUCUCGGAUAUCAGUCAAGAAAGCAGUUGAAGUAAUCGAUUCUUUCGAUGAGUACAAAAGAUGGCUCGUAACUGAAAUCGGGUUUGGCGGCAUGCUCAAACUUCCAGUUAUUCAGAAGCUUAAUCUAAAGUUCAGUGCCUGGGUUAUGAGCAAGGUAUCCGUUAGGCGUCGAGCAAUUGUUCUGUCCGAAUCAAAGAUCAUAAAGUUCUUUGCGGAGGAUGUGCACAAGGUGUUUGGUAUACCCUGUGGCCAUCGUAGUGUUAAAGGGCGUGAUGGGUUCAUUAAGCCAGAGGCAAUAAGUUUCAUAAACAGAACACUAGGGAUGGACAAGACUGGGGUUCAUAGCCUCCGUGCUGCCGAGGAAUUCCUCAUGCGUGAGAUAUCUGAGUCGUCCAGCAAGCUCGAGAAGGACUGCUUCCAAAUUGCAUUUGUCAUUUUUGUGAUGGGGCAUGUACUGACACCCAAGACAAAACAUGAUUAUGGUACUAUAGAUUACUGGGGAGCACUUGCGAACACAGAGAAUAUCUCGCAAUUCAACUGGUGUGAGUUCGUCCUCGAUUUCUUGCUAGAGGCAGUCCGCCGUCUGAAGAAUGAUAUGAUGGCCAACAACACAAACACCAACCUCGUUGGCUGUCAUCUGUUUUUGUAGGUCUUUUUCCUCGACAAUGUGGACAUAGGAAUUUUCAAUAAGAAGCAUAAUGUUCUUCCUCGGAUCAGUGAGUUUGACUAGGCCACCAUUAAAACAAUGAUUACCAUGGCAACUGACCUGGGGAAGGGCCCUGCUUCGUACUCAAAAUGCAUGAUCCGUCAGGGUAGUGAUUUGUGCUAUGCUCGCUGCAAUUUACGUGGAGGUGUUGACGAUGCCACGAAUCAGGCACCAGAAGUUGCAAGUUUUCACCAGCCAUCCAAUCUUAAUGAGGAACAUGGAAAUCGAAUGAAUGAGAGAGCAGGGUCGUUUCAAGGUUCUUAUUCAGAAGCACCCAUCCUCAUGGAUGUGCAGACACCACUACGCGUGUUGGGUCCAGCUGAUUUUGCAGACCACCUACGCAACCGAUACCCAAGUCUGGUUAGGGAUGAGUUAACUUUAAUGCUAAAGGAGCAGAAUGCCAAGUGUCAGCGUGAAAUCAACAAUGCCAGAGUCAACAUACAGGCAGACAUGAUCAAGUUCAUUGACAAACUCAUGACAUCACUCAGCAGUAGGUGCAUCUGCUGUUCUGCCCGUGGUUUUACUGACUGCCCAGCAAGAGCAGUAGCAAUCGAUACAUCACCAGCGGACACAAUGACGACCCUGGCUGGGCCAAAAAUGCCAGGCGUCAGACUCGACAUGUCUGCAUGCAAAGGUGACAUGUCUGCAACCAGGGUUGUAUCAGAGGUACUGCCAGAUCAACAACAAGCAAAAAGGCCAAGACAUGAUGAUGAUUUGCUUGAAACACUUAAAGAGGGGAUACUUCAGUUUGCAAGGCAUACCAUGCAGGAAAUCAGCGAAAGAUUUAUUGAUCUUCCGAAUGAUGGCAGCACAACUAUUUUUGGAGAAAAGACUGUUGGACUACCAGGACGAAAAUACGUGCACCAGCCUGGUUUUCAGACAGACCCAUGGAUCAGGGGUGUUGUCCCGUGCCCACCUCAUCCUUAUGUAUCUCAACUGUUAGAAGAGUACUUCGCUACUGCUGAGCCGGAAGAUCUUUCCAGGAACUACCUUGUGCACGAGAACCCAAGGUUUAUACGAAUCACUGGGCUAGCACUCAAACAACAGUUGGUUGGAGACGUGUUAAUUGAUCAUGAGAUGAUGUCAGUUAUCAUUAGAAGAUAUUGCCAGGCUGACCAAGAAGCUGAUAAACAUUCCCCAUACCUGACAUGGAGGCACCCUCUAGAGCCUGAAUUUUCAAGUUUGGUAUUAUCUGAACAAGAUUACUUGCAUACGAUGUCCAUCCAGAAGGCGCUAGGUGCCAUGGUUCUGCAGUAUGACAUCACAUCAGCUCAGCUGCUCUUCACGCCAGUUCCACGACCUGAGGGAUGGAUUGUGAUAUUUUGGGACAUGGUUGCCUGCGUGAUACAUGUCAUUGAUCCCAUGUACAGCAAGAACAGCCAACCUCUCAUAACCGAGCCAAGAGACGAGAUCAUUGCUUGGAAGCUACAUGAUGCGUUGUUCAAAUGUUUCCAUGAGUACUAUGCUGGUUGGCCAGUCAAGAAAGAUGGGUGGAAGAUGAAUUUCCUCGCCCUUGCAGAUAGCAUUUUUACUCGAAAUGAAAGUGGAGCGUGCGUUAUCCACAUCACCCGUCACUUCAAUGAGAAAAAGUUGAAGAUUCCCCUUACCAAGGCGAUAGCCGAGUGCCUCAUAACUCAUCAUCGUAUUCAAGAAUUCAAAGUCCAAAUCGUAUGACCUGUACAUGAGAGCUAGCUGGCAAACAACAUAUGCAAUGUAAACCACUUGUGUUACGGUGGGAACAACAUCGAGCUUUCAGUACACGCAAUUGAAUAGAUCCGUGACCAUAUUGAUAUGGACUGCUACUAUGAAUUGGAUGAUAUUGUCGCUUCUAUGAAUUGGAUCGACGACAUAUUCCGCAGAUGAGGGAAUGCCACUUCGCACUAUUGCAUUUGCCGGUGUCACUGGUGAUAUUGGAAGAGCCUGGAAUGUUGGGAGUGUGACCCCUGCCGGCACAACAUUUGGAACUGCUCCAGCUUGUGUCGACGUCAAGGCAGUCCCUGGCAGAGCUGCCAACAUUUCCUUAUUACUGUCAGAACUAAGGCUGAAAUGGUGGGAGCGCCACCAAUGCUGGUGCAUCAUUUGAAUCUGUUCGUGCUUGGGCCAAUGCCGAGGCAAUACAGGGAAGAGCUGCCAACAUUUUUUUAGUAAUGUCAGACCAAAGGCUGAAAGGUUGUCCGAUCGAUCACUGAUGGCGCAUGAUUUACAUCUGGUCCAACCUGUGUGCAGGGUGAGGGAAUCCCUGGAAGAGCUGGCAACAUUUUCGUAGUAUAUUUAGAACAAAGUAACAAAUCAUUACCAUGGCUCCUGGACCGGGAGGCUGUGAAGCUGUCAUUUUCCCCUGAUUCAUCAUUCUGAAGCACUGACUGCGAGGGAUUAUCUUGCCCUGUGAUAAUAUCAAGCAAACCAGGACAAUCCAUAGUGCGCACUUGCUGACUAUCAUCAUCCUCACCAUACGUGUCAUACUCUGGCACUGAAAUUUUUGAGUUCCGUCAGCUCAGCAUAUCAUUGUAUUCCAUAAUAUGUAAUAAUAGGAAUGCUGCAUGUAAAUGACCACUGUUGCGAGCUUAUUGUUACUAACCUGUUGGCUCACUACACUCGUUCGCUUCAUCCCACACUGAUAUCUGCCAUCCAUGCGAUCCAUUAUUUUCA